UGCAGUUGUCUGCUAAGUUUGACGUAUUUCAAUAACAAGAUGCCGGAGUGCAUUUUAACGAGAGGUUUCGAGCUCUCCGCAAUGCGUUACUUGGGAAACGCAAGGGUUAUGAAUUCUGUAACUGGUUAAAGUCAGUGUAAAAUUCGUCGGGAAUGUUACUCAAAAUCAUUGUGUCCGAGAAUAACCAUACUCAAGACUUCGAUCUCUCAUGUGUCACCGAGUUUAUAUAUGAAGUCUCCAUACUAAUUUCUUACGCUACAUCAAAAAGAGUACGAAAUGAACCUAGAACGACAUUGCGGAGACGAACGAGCACGCGUUCUCGAGGUGCAAGCACAGCUCGAAGAAUGUCUACGAACAUUCAUGACACUGCCGUGGCUAUGUUACCUGACUUAUCUGAAAAUUUAUCCAAUGAAGAGCGUACGUGGGAAGAAAUAAUGCAAAUUAAAGCCAUGCCUAUUUGCAUGGCUCAGAAGAUGCAGCUUAAAAAUCAAUUACAGAGUGCUACAAAAUUAAGAUUGCAAGGCUUUGAGCAGUUGAAAUGGCGGCGCAGGAAAGCAUGGCAGCAAUUUCGUAUAAGAGUAAAAGAAACUUAUUCGAAAAUGGAACUAUGGACUACGAGUCUAAAAAAAAUUGGCGGUAAUUUCGGUGUAGGCAUCGUAGCCUAUUUUCUAUUUAUAAAGUGGUUGUUAUUUUUGAAUGCCGCGAUUUUUUCCAUUAUUUUUUCAUUCGUUAUACUACCCACUAUUGUAUUAGAAAAACCCGAAAUCGAGCUGUGCACAAUCAAUAGUAGUUACAGCAUAUCUUGCUGUUCCGAAAUGUAUUCAAAUGUGUCCAACGAGUCGAACAGUAUCGAUAACUCGAUGCAAGAUAGUAGCUUCCUAGAGAAUACCUUGCUUUUCUAUGGAAUGUACACGCAUCAGAUUCAUGGAGUUAAUGGCAGUGAUAUUUACUAUAAUUUGCCUUUAGCAUAUAUAUGCUCCAUAAUUGCCAUUCUGAUUCUUAGUUUAGUGGUCAUUGUAAGAUCUGCUGCUAAGGGAUUUAAAGAGAGAGUCGUCGAAGGAGAAGGACAGAUCUAUCAGUAUUGUAACUUAGUUUUCGGAGGUUGGGAUUACUGCAUUAACAACGAGAAGUCAGCAUCUAUAAAACAUAAGGCUGUAUAUAACGAAAUUAAGACUCUUUUAGAAUCUGAAAGAUUAGAGGAGGAAAGACAGAACUGCACAAGGGAAGAAAAAACAAAGCUGUUUUUUAUACGACUGAUUAUCAAUAUCCUCAUAGUGUCGAUAUUGGGUACAUGUGGGUUAUUUAUUUAUUAUGUCACGACGUCAUCCUUUAACCGAGUAUCUCCACCAAUUUUUAUAAGCGAUUACGAUAUGACAUACAUAUCGUUUGGCAGAAUUAUUCAAUUGGUUAUCGAAUUCCUACCAUACAUCUGCAUAGUUGGCCUAAAUAUAAUGGUUCCAUUUUUACUAAGAUAUCUUGUUACGCUAGAAAAAUAUAGUGCUCCAUUUCUUGUAAAAGUGACUGUACUCCGAACUAUCUUGCUGCGUUAUAUUUCUCUAGUGAUGUUACUUACUAGCUUGUACAAGUUUAUUAGUGACACACUUGAUGAAAAUGAGUGCAUCAAUAUUACUAACAGUAGACUUUUAUGUUGGGAGACGUUCGCUGGACAACAAUUUUUUAAACUGUACAUUACUGACUUUUUCGCUCAGUUUUUUGUUACGUUUUUUAUAAACUUCCCAAGAUCGCUAAUAGCUCGUCAUACUGAAAACAAACUUAUUCGCUUUCUUGGUGAACAAGAAUUUGACUUAUCGAAGCAUGUAAUAGAUGUCGUCUAUUCUCAAACGGUAUGCUGGCUUGGUACUUUUUUUGCGCCAUUAUUACCACUAAUAGCCAUUAUUGCAUUAUUUUUAUUGUUCUACAUUAAAAAAUUCACUUUUCUAGUUAACAGUACACCUUCUAAUCAAGUGUACAGAGCGAGCAGGUCCAACUUAUUAUUUAUGUCUAUUUUACUGGUUUCCUACAUUUUUAUUAUGAUUCCACUUGGCUUCAUCAUUGUUGAACUAAUUCCUUCUAAGUCGUGUGGACCUUUCCGGGGACUUAGCAGUGCAUGGUCUUUAUUAAUCUCUACAUUCUCACAUUUUCCAGACUGGCUUCAAUCUUUUUUAUAUUUCUUGGGAACCGCCGGAUUUGGUGUACCCGCAUUUGUGAUACUUUUAUUACUUUUAUAUUAUUAUUACGCUGUAUCUGUAGCUAACAAGCACAUGGUCACAGUUCUGAAAAAUCAACUGAUUCUCGAAGGCCAUGAUAAACAAUUUUUACUUAAUAGACUUAGUGCUUUCAUUAAACAACAGCAAGAACAGGUGAAAUACCAUCAAGACCAGACUCAUGAUUUAGGCACAUUCACAUAAAUUCCGCAAAUUUACAGUUUUAAAUAUUUGUAGUAGCUCAACAAACUCUUAUACAUUAUUAAUUAUUUGCAUAUGAUUUGAACAAAAUUGAAUUUUUAUUAUGUUUGUUUUAUGAAAAAUUUUCGAUACAGUAUCCUACUUUAAAUUAUUUGAGAUGAGCUAUUUUGUUUUGAACCUUUGGACAGUUCUUUACCAAAAUGAUAAAUUAAACCAAAUAAAUUCUGUUUUUAUAAUCAAUAUCUUUGCACAGGCUUUCAGUACAAUUCUUGCCAUAAGUGAUUUUUAUUUGUAAAUACAUGAAUUAUAUAUAACUUACAUUAUUUAACUAUGAAUAGAGAACAUGUUCUGAGUAUCAUUAUUUGUUAUAAAUUCUAUGUUUGAAAAUAGAAUAGUCAGAAUGGAGGAUCUUACAGAUACUGAUUUAUAAAAUGAAUUAAUCGGCGAACAUAUCCCAAAAGUUUUAACACAUUUCUUAUGACUCCUACCACAAUUUUACUAUUACUUUUGAGGAAUAAAAAGACUCUCAAGCAUAUACUGUAUUGACUUACUUAAUAAUUGUUUCAUUAUGAUACAUAAUAAUCUUUAAGUUUAUAGAUGAAUUAUUAAAUAAUUAGAUCAUGUAUCAAAAUACAGAUGUGAUUAGAAGUAGGAGCAACAUUCACAAUGCAUUUCAUUGGACUAGAGACACUGGACCUAUAGUAACAAUUUUCUUCCAAGCGAGUCAAUUUUAUUCAACACGUUUCUUUAAUCAAGUGUUUAUGUAUCAUCUUGAAAUAUAAUAUGUAGUUUACAAUCGAGAUUGUGAUCUUUUAAUAGAUGUUCAUGCAUAUAUAAAUAUCUGUAGUUUUUUGUACUUGAUAAUUAUUAAUGAUAAUUAACGUUACGUGGUAUUAAUGCCAUUAUUUAAGUCGCAAAAAAGUACUGCUGUAAAUAAAGAGUUUCUUUGGGCCUCUUAAUGCAAAUAAAUAUGCAACAAUC